GUGCACAUCUCCACCAGCCCUGUCCUGCUGUCCACCAUCACAGACAGAUGAUGUCAUCAGAGAUCUUGGUUCCCGGUUGGCUGCAGCAGCUGCUUGUUGUGCUGCUCAGAUUUACCUUGUCAUGCGCAGCCCUGGUGAACUCGACCAAUGGGACGGAGUGCAGUGCUCGAGGACCUGCAUCUUACAUCGUGGUGUUCACCGGACACUGGAGUCCACAGACCUUCCCUAAACAGUAUCCCUUAUUCCGGCCACCUGCGCAGUGGUCCAAACUCAUGGUUGUAACCCAUAAUGAGCAGUACCGGCUGUGGCAGGAGGGGGCGCCGGCGAGCGAUGGCAUGAAGAGCUUCGCAGAGCAGGGGCUCACAGUGGAUCUGGUGAAGGAUGCGAAGGAGGCGAGGAAGAGGCGAUCGGUGGGUUCCAUGUACCGUACGGCUGGAAUCCCGUCUGGCAUCGGCCACAGUUCCACAGAGGUGCUUCUGACCCCCAGGAGUCCACUGGUGUCUCUGAUAGUGAAACUGAUCCCCAGUCCUGACUGGUUUGUGGGGGUUGAUGGUCUAAACCUGUGUGAAGGAGGGAAGUGGAAACAGGAAGUGACCUUUGACUUGCACCCAUUUGAUGCGGGCACAGACAGCGGAUUCACUUUCUCCUCUCCAAACUUCCCAACAACACCUCCGGAAAACAUCACCAUGAUCACCUCUCAAAAGCCAAACCACCCGGCAAAUUCCUUUUAUUAUCCUCGGCUAAAUGAACUCCCACCUCUGGCAACCAUAUGGGUGAAACGACAGUCCCGCUUGCCUGUCCGUCAACAGAACCGGCUGUCCAAUCACAUCCUACCAGACGCAAGCAAACCUCACAGGUUUUCAGAAACGCCGCUGGACUGCGAGGUGUCGAUGUGGUCGUCCUGGGGUCUGUGUUUUGGCCCGUGCGCUCGAGGCGGCCUACGCCAUCGCACUCGUUACAUCCUGCUGAAACCUGCCAACAGCGGUUCGCCAUGUCCCGAGCUGGAGGAACAGGAGGAGUGCACACCGCACAACUGCCUGGCAGAUCAGUGAUGCAAACACUCGUGACGCUGUCCAAAAGGAGAGCCCAGAUUAACCUCAUGCCCAAUGCCGAGUCACUGCGGCAGACAGCAGGAGAGCCAGAGACUGGACGUCCCAGCACCUCUCCUCACUGGAAAAAGAACGGCUUGUAUUCUGUUCAUAGAGACUUUGAUUAUGGGUGCUGUAAUCGCAGUAAUCUCUCUGUAUUUUUGCAUAAUCGCACACUAUUUUGCCAAUAUAGAUUUGUGGAAUUGAUAACUUGCAGUCGGCCGACCACUGUUUGUACAAUGACUACAUGAAUUAACAUACGCCUUCCUCUUAGAAGUGCAACAGUUUUGUGUCUUUCUGGAAUAGUUUUGAGUUGAGUUUUAAAAUGAUGGCAGGCUGUACAAGUCAGCUAGCUGUAUUUUAGCAGAUUAAGGGAAAUAUAUGCAAAUUACACACAUGAAACACAAGUUUAUGUUUAGAUUUCACAUAUAUAAUGUAUAUCAAACUCAGUUAUAGAGGGCCGGUGUCCUGCAGAUUUUAGCUCCAACUUGCCUUAUCACACCUGCAUGGAUGUUUCUAGAAAGCCAAUGCUGCGUCCCAAUUCACAUACUUAUUCUAUACCCUAAAAGUAAGUCGUUUUUUUGUGAAGGAAAAGUAGACAUUUUUGAGUGUGUAACAGAAGAGUAUGCAGGCUUUGAGACAUACUACUUACUAAUUAACAGAUUUUUUAUGUUGCUUAGUUACGAGCCCUGUCAAUCCUCCACACAUCAUCUACAUUUCUGUUAUAUUUAAUUUAAUAAUCUGUCAUAAAAUUCACGUUGUUGUUGCAGAUGAAAUAUAAGACAGAAAACGCAAUUUAAAUAUUUUCUAGUGUGCUAGAUUUUAUUAACAGUCAUACAAACAUCUUUACCGAAGCCUCUCUACUUGACAGUUGGUCACCAUGUUGUCGUUUAUUUACACUUUUCAUCCGCGUUUGUAGUUUUAAUCGAAUUCACGUCCACGCAACGUACUGUGUGUAGCUUGAUUAGCUAGGCCAGGUGUGUCUGAUUGGGGUUGGAACUAAACUUUGCAGGACACCGGCCCUCCAGGCCUGAGUUUGGAAACCCCUGAUGUAUAUGAUAUAUAUGUUGCAUAUAUGACAAAAUUUGGCAAAAAUGGCUUCUUACAUAAAUAUUUUUGUAACCAUUAGAAUUACAAAUAUAUACAGUGCUCAGGCAUAACUGAGUACACCCCAUUUUGAAAAUAAAUAUUGUUAUCCAUUUCUCUGUGAAUAUAGGCAAUGUAUUUUGGUGCAUUUAAACAAAACAGAUUUAUUAAACAGAUAUAUUUAUUCAAAUAAUAUUUUAGUCACCAAAUAUAUUUAGACAUUGAAAGAUAAUACAAUUAAAUGUAAACAAAAUAUUGCAAAAAUCAAUUACAACUUAAAAAAUUGCAAGUAAACUUUUACAUUUUUUUGUUUCUUUUGAUUUUUCCUCUUAAAUUUGUAUUUAAUAUUUUUCUCUAACAUAUAAAUUUGGGGUGACGCGGUGGCACAGUAGUUAGUGCUUUCGCCUCAAAGCAAGAAGGUCGCUGGUUUGUGCCUCGGCUGGGACAGUUGGCGUUUCUGUGUGGAGUUUGCAUGUUCUCCCUGCAUUCCCAUGGGUUUCCUCCGGGUGCUCCGGUUUCCCCGACAGUCCAAAGACAUGCAGUACAGGUGAAUUGGGUAGGCUAAAUUGUCCGUAGUGUACGAGUGUGAAAGAGUGUGUUUCCCAGAGAUGGGUUGUGGCUGGAAGGGCAUCCGCUGCGUAAAAACAUAUGCUGAAGAAGUUGGCGGCACAUUCCACUGUGGCGACCCCAGAUUAAUAAAGGGACUAAGCCAACAAGAAAAUGAAUAAAUAUAUAUUUGGGUGUUCUAGUUUUUGGACUGUUAUUGUUAUUGUUACCGUUAUUAAGUUGUUUUGUUAGAUAAGCUCCAGUACUGAUUAAUCUACCGUAUAUGCACAAAUAUAUUAUUGUAUAGCCUCCUAUUAAAAAUAUACAUUUAAAAGAUAGAUUUGUGAGGGGUGUACUUAGACCCUGAGCACUGUACAUAUAGGUUCAAUAUAUUAGAUAUUAUUAUUAUUGUAUAUAUGUUCAAAUAUGGCCAUAUAAAAUUAUAGCUUAUACAUUUUAACAUACAGUGUUCAGCAUAACUGAGUACACCCCUAUUGAAAAUCUAUAUUUUUUAUCCAUUUCUCAAUGACUAUAGACAAUACUUGUUGGUGCUUUUAUACAAAACCAUUUUAUUACUCUGUUUUAUCCAUUAUAAUGAGAUCAAUAUAUGAUUUAAAUUCAAACCAGUUAUUUCUACAAAAUUAAAAAACACUAAAUUUC